AUGCCUUUCGGAGGAGGGAACAAGUGUGGUUGCUGCCAGAAGACUGUCUACUUUGCAGAGGAAGUGCAAUGUGAAGGGAAAAGCUGGCAUAAAUCCUGUUUCCUGUGUAUGGUGUGCAAGAAGAACUUGGACAGCACAACGGUGGCUGUGCACGCCGAUGAGAUCUACUGCAAGUCAUGCUACGGGAAGAAGUACGGGCCAAAGGGCUACGGAUACGGCGGGGGAGCAGGGACCCUCAGCGUGGACAAGGGAGAGGCUCUUGGAAUUAAAGCUCCAGUAGAAACUCCGCACCAACCUACCAAUAACCCGAAUUCCUCCAAGUUUGCUGUGAAAGCCAGCGGCUCCGAUGUUUGCCCCCGCUGCGGAAAAACUGUCUACGCAGCAGAGAAGGUUAUCGGAGGUGGCAACUCGUGGCACAAAGGUUGCUUCCGUUGCGCCAACUGCGGCAAAGGACUGGAGUCCACCACUUUGUCGGACAGAGACGGCGAAAUCUUCUGUAAAGGUUGCUAUGCCAAGAACUUUGGACCAAAGGGAUUUGGUUUUGGUCAGGGAGCAGGAGCUCUGGCUCAUUCCAAAUGA